AUGUUACUCAAGAAGACCUUUCUCGUGAGCCUCUUCACUACCCUCGCGGUCGGCCAGACCACCAGUGAUGCCAGCUCAUCGGGCACACCCUCCUCGACCAAACACGCCAAGCACAGCGCGGUUCGUUCCGUCACACACUUUCCGAGCGGCUCAAAGAAUGCCACCGUGAAGGCCAACAGCAGCUCGAGCCCCGUGACCACCGUCACGGAGACGGUUGCUCUCAGCCUUGUCCUCGAUAUUCUCGGCAUUUCAGUCCAGGUCGCCUCGCACACGUCUUCGGCUCACGCGGAGAAAAGCUCAGAAUCUCGGCAUUCCAGCCGACAGAAGUCAUCGUCGUCCAGUAGCGAGCACGGCUGCUCGGUCACGACUGCUCCGCAGGUCUGCUGCGGGGGCCCGGUUACAACGACUGCGACGGCUACGGUGGUUUCGACGGUUUCUCAAGGGUUCGUUCUCGGGACAACGUCUACGAGGUCUUCGAGCAGCUCGACCCCGUCGAUCCUUUCCGCCACGUCUUCGUCCGGGUGA